GCCCUCCCUCGUUCUUCUCUUUUGAUUCUUCUGGUAAGAGCCGAAGGAAGACUUUAUAUCGACACCAUGGGCACUGGAAAAAAGGAAGCCAGCCGCCGCGAACGGCAGGGCAAGGUCGGCGAUGGAAUGCAAAAUGUGAGAACGAAGGGUGAAAACUUCUAUCGCGAUGCGAAGAAGGUCCGCCAUCUGAAUAUGUAUAAAGACGGCAAAGCCAAGCAUGACAAGGACGGCAAUAUUAUCAAGGCUGCCUCGUACCAGUCCACAGAGGUUCCGUCAGCUCGAAUUGAGCCGAAUCGUAAAUGGUUCGGAAAUACGCGCGUAAUUUCGCAAGAGGCACUGGCUUCGUUUCGCGAGGCCGUUGCGGAGAGGGCUGCCGACCCUUACCAGGUCCUUUUGAAAACGAACAAACUCCCAAUGUCGCUGAUACGCGACGGGGGCGACAGUAACAACAUCAAUGGGCUGAAGCAGCACCGAGCGAAGAUGGCAAUUGAGACCUCUCCGUUUAGUGACACCUUUGGGCCAAAGGCACAGAGGAAAAGACCCAAACUUGCAUUUUCUUCCGUCGAAGAUCUCGCUGGAGAAUCAGUCAAAAUGCAUGAUGAUUACAUUGAAACCAUGGAGAAAAAAGCUCUUCUAAGUGGCAAUUCCGGCAACGCUGAAGAUGACGAAGAUAGUGGGGUUCUUGCAACAGCACGAGAAGCGGUUUUCUCCAAAGGCCAAAGCAAGCGUAUCUGGAACGAGCUUUACAAGGUGAUUGACUCAUCUGACGUCAUUAUUCAUGUCCUGGACGCGCGGGACCCAGAGAAUACGAGGUGUACAAGCGUCGAGAAGUACAUACGUGAAGAAGCACCGCACAAACAUUUGAUCUAUUUGUUGAAUAAAGUUGAUCUCGUGCCUACCAAAGUGGCUGCUGCAUGGGUGCGUCGCAUUUCCAAGGACUACCCGACUCUUGCUUUUCAUGCUUCCAUCAACAACUCAUUCGGCAAAGGAUCUUUGAUUCAGCUGCUACGUCAAUUCUCCUCACUUCAUUCCGAUCGUAAGCAAAUAUCUGUUGGCUUUAUUGGAUAUCCAAAUGUUGGCAAAUCCUCAGUCAUUAACACCCUCAGGAAGAAGAAAGUCUGCACCGUUGCACCUAUUCCCGGAGAGACAAAGGUCUGGCAGUAUAUUACGUUGAUGAAGAGAAUAUAUCUCAUCGACUGUCCUGGAGUAGUACCUCCAAGCAAUAAUGACACAGAGGAAGAUAUUCUUCUCCGAGGAGUUGUUAGGGUUGAAAAUGUUGAAAAUCCUCAACAAUAUAUUCCAGGGUUAUUGAAGAGAGUGCAACAACGACACAUUGAGCGUACAUACGGCAUCAAAAUCAAGAAUUAUGAGGAUUAUUUGGACUUUCUUAGCGUUUUGGCUCGAAAAGGGGGCCGGCUACUGAAAGGAGGAGAGCCAGAUCUAGAUGGGGUUAGCAAGAUGGUCAUUAAUGACUUUUUGAGAGGCAAAUUGCCUUGGUUCACGCCUCCUCCACAUGCUGGCGAUGACGAAGAUGGAAAGAUAGAGGGACGAGACGGCCGUCUCGGAGAGAUGUCUCGCAAACGCAAAAGAGAUGUAUCGACAUCGGGCUCCAAAGAAGACGAGAAUGAGGCUUCUAAUGAAGCUGGUGACGAAAAACUCGACGAAAGUGACGAUGAUGAUGGGGCCGGCUUCGAGGGAUUUGGGAAUUCUGAUUCUGACGGAGGUAUCGAUGUUGGGUCAGACGAUGAAGAUGAGGAAGACGAUGGCAAUGCGUCUGCUGCUGAUUGAAGGAUUUGAUUUUGGUCAUGACUAAUACUCUGAGCUGGAGUCCAGACUCCAUGAUCUUCCUGCCAACGAAGGUGCAUUCCGGAUCUGCAAAAUGCAGCAAAGCGGCGCCUGCCACGUUACCGUGAGAGCCAGGGACCCGCCUGACUUCGGAGACUAUCUUUACCCACCGCUGGACUUGCUGUAUUUAGAGGAUAGCUAUAUCUAUGUCCAUGUUAGCCAGUGGGUGCGUGUGACUUGGCUGGUGCAACACGUCUACUUUGGUAAUAUAGGUAGACACUUCCCUGGGCCGGCGACGCUGCCGUUGUACGGUCCCUGCCCUUACGAUUAGUGAUACCCAUGAAAAUGAACAUUCCGCAUGCAUUAAUUAUGUGGCAGUAGCCAUUGAAAUUUGUGGCCCUCUCUUAAAAU